GCGACACGGUGGAAAAUACCUGUACUCGUCACGUUGACGAUAGUGUAAUUCACGUCACACACUGUACAGGUUAGGUCCCAUUGUGAUAAAUAAUAUCAUCGAUUUUAUGGACGUUUGCAUUUGGUUUGAACAUGGCAGUGAUCCAUUGGUUUCCUUUUUGGAAACACGGGAAAGAAAAUAUGAAAGCGGCUAGAGUAGUGAUAUAUUUCAUUGUGGUCAGUAUCAUCAUCCUCACGUGGAAGAUGAUUGGACAAUCGACACCAGAGCCAAAACUCCUUACGUCAUGUGAGGGAAUCCAACAGCAACUCAACAGUCUGAUGGCCAGUGUCGAGUUAUCGGGGGGACUCGGCAACCUCAUGUUUCAGUACUCUUUUCUGUACGUCACAUGUAAGACCUAUGGGUACCAGAUGGUUCUCCCUAGCACCAUAGAACUCGAUAACCUGAAGGACACUUUUGGAAUCAAUGUUAGUGAUUCUGAGAAAGAAGAUUGGGACAAAAGCUUGACGGAAAAAUGUUUCCAGGUCAUUGAAGAUGAAUGGGAUUGUGCUUAUGAUGCGAAGCUGGUUGAGAAAUCCAGAAGGAAUGUCCAUUAUAAAGGCUAUUUUCAGUCUUGGAAAUAUCUCGUCAAAUAUGAAGAUGAUCUUCGGGAAAUGUUCAGAUUUCGUCCACAUAUCUUAAACUUGGCAGCUUCAAUUCUACACAAGGCAAUUUCUAGCAAAAUAAAUGUAUUUAACAACACAGGGGUACAGCCGACAUUAGUAGGGGUUCACGUGCGAAGAGGUGACGUAUUAAAUGAUAAACUAUUUGUUAAAUACGGUUAUAAAGUUGCUGAUUAUGCUUAUUUGAAAAAGGCCAUGGCUUACUUUCGGAACAAGUUUUCAAACGUUUUAUUUAUCGUGUGCAGUAACGAUCUUAAAUGGGUGAGAGCAGAGUUCGGAACGACCUCGGAUGUUUUCAUUACAAAAGGAAAUACACCGGCGACCGACAUGGCUCUUCUGUCAAUGACAAACCACACGAUAAUGACGGUGGGCACAUUCGGCUGGUGGAUAAGUUUUCUCACAAAUGGAGAGACAAUCUACUACAAAUACCCAUUUGUACCCGGAUCCCCACUAAGUAAGCAGUUCCGGGAUAACACAGGUACCCACCUGUACCCACACUGGGUAGGAAUGGAGGGGGACGAGACAAUAUCAUGACGGAGCAAACAAAAGUAUGUUUUAGUUGCGAAAACAGCACAAAACAAUGCAGUUAUAUUUAACAAGUCAUAAAGAUACAUACAUGUUAAACAGUAUGUAGACUUAACACAUCCUUUCUUUUAUUGUCAUUAUAACAUAUUAUUUAACUCAAUUUGUUAAUUAAAAGGUGUACAGAUGUGUUGAGGUCUUAUUCAGGUGUACAAAUGUGUCUAAAUUUCAAGUAGGUGUACACAUGUGACGAGAUCUCUCUUAGGUGUGCAGAUGUGUUGAGGGCUUAUUCAGGUGUACAAAUGUGUCUAAAUUUCACGUAGGUGUAGAUCUCACUAAGUG